AUGUCGGGUGACUACAUCGAAUCCUACAACGAGUGGCCCCCUCCCUGCUCCACCACGGAUGAUAUCUCCAUUCACUUCGAGUAUGAGAUAUAUGAUGGAUUGCUUGCUAGGAAUCUAAAUUGGACAUCGCCGGCAGAUAUGUCUAGAGAUCGCUUGAAGAAGCUUAACUCAGAGCAUGGAAAGGUCCAGCUUGGAAACAUAACUGUGGAUAUGGUCCUUGGUGGAAUGAGUAGGAUGAUUAUAAUGCUUUGGGAAACAUCCCUACUCGAGCCAGAGGUGUGCCUCCUUGUAGAUGUUUUUGGUUUUACUACCGUGAGGCCUCCCAAAUUGAAAUCGACAGGCAAGCAUGAGAUCUACUACGGAAUCCUUGAUGGUUCCCUCAAGUCACCCAACUCGCAUCUCUUCCUUUGCUCAGGGUCAUCCAUUUUCCAGUGGCAAGUUGGGUCUAACUCUUGGUUGGAGCAUCCUCUGGAUAUCCCAAGCAUCUUUCGAAUCGUGUUUUUUAAAGGUGAGAUGUUUGCCAGGGAUCACUUGGAUGGGAUCCACACCAUUCGCUUGGCACCUCAACUAAGCAUACAUGAAGUAGAUAUUGACUGGACAGAGUACUGGAGAGAAGAUAGUGUUGUGGGCCGAGCUGUGAUGUAUUGGCUGGUGGUAUGUGGUGACAUGUUUCUCAUGGUUGACCUCUCAAUGAGCACUGAUAGGCCUACUGUCUUCUUUAGAGUUUUCAGGCUUGAUUUCUCCAUCGUACCACCUAAGUGGGUGAAGGUGGAGAAUUUGGGAAACCAUGCCAUCUUUGUAAGCUUUGAUCAAAGGAACCCGGCAUUUUGCUGCACGGACCCUGAAAGAUGGAGAGGAAAGAGUAACUGUAUCUAUGUUGCCACCCAGUCUAAGAAGAAUGAUAAACCUUGGACUGUGGUCGAGCUUGGUCAGGCAGUAUCUAGUAGAAAUUGGAGGCCCAUUGUGUAUCCUGAUUCUUAUCCCUAUGGCAAUCCCGGUCGACUAGAUAACCUUUGGGUGUUUCCUAGUUUGGUUUAUCAUGUUGGGCUGUGA